AUGCCAGCCAUCCCUACCCUCAGAACAAGGAAAUCACCCCCCUCUGCCUUCACGCUAAACCACAUCGACCCCCGCAACCUUCACGAGCUCCGCAGUGUCGACGACAUCAACACCUACCUCCCUCUCCAACUCCGCGAUCCCAGCCCUCGUGGUGGUGGUGGUGGUGGUGGUGGUCACAGCUCCGGUCACUCUUCCAGUAGCAGAAGCAGUAGCAGCCACGGAAGCAGUUCCGGUUCCUCUUCAUCCUCGUCAUCAACCACAGUGGUCGUUGUAGGUGGUGGUCCGCGCUACUACUGUUCUGGCAAUAACUUGUUGCUGCCGGUGUGGGUGAUCAUAUUGAUUGUUGUGUUGGUGUUUGAGACGAUGUUGUUUUGUGUGGCGCUGGGGUGGUUUCAUCGGGAGGCAAAAGCACAACGCAAACUCCUCUACCCCUCCAAACCGCGCCCCUCCCUCAACUACAGCCGAAUCUGGCUAAACGCCUUCAUCGUCGCCUCCUGGCUAUGGAUUCCCAUCGGCCUCUUUAACCUGAUCAUGGAGCGCGUCAUCAAUCCUCGUAAGGGAGUGAAGAAGGAUCGCAAGGUGUUCCGUCCUCUGGUCGACACCAACAGUCACAAGGGUUUGGAAACCACUGUCUCGAACCCCUACAAGGGCGCGGGAGUAGGUGCUGGUGCGGGACAAGACCCGGAGUUGGCGGCCGUCAAGAGGACGAAUAGUGCUUAUAGCAAGAUUCCGUCUGAGCCGAGCGUGGAGGAGGUGAAGAUGAAAUAUGAUACGCCGGAGGAUGUAAAGGUUCCUUUUUUCAAGGAGAAGAAGAAGACCUGGGCCGGGCCGGCGGUGGCGGCACCUCUCUAUCCCAGCGGCGGCGCUUUUGCUGGGUAUGCUCCCGCUCCUGUACCAGCUCCUAUUCCGGCUACCGAAGCUCAGCAACCUCAAGGAGCAGUGGCGUCGUACUUCGCUAUGAGCGGUGGUCAACAACAACCACAGGUUCAGUAUCAGCAAGAACAGGAACAGGGAGCAGCGGCUUCUUACUUCGCCAUGAGUGGUCAACCGCAAAGUCAGAAUCUGCCUUCUACGAAUCCUUGGGGGAGGCAGUAA